AUGGGCGUGCCACAGUCGCCGAACGAUGCACCAGCCAUUGCCAUCGAUGAUGGCAUGGUAUGUGGCGAGCCAAUCGUCGAGGAAGACGUCGAAGAGCCCAGCUGCGAAGCGCCCACGGACCUCGUCUACUGUGAAGCGUGCCUCGAUCUCAUUCAAACCGUCGUCAUCGAUUCAUCGUCGGCGCGCGUGUCGAACGUCUCGAUCACACGACCCGCACCGACAUCGUAG